CCUCCUCCUCUUACUGCUGCUCUUGCCGCUUCUCCCGAGAGCAACUUUGCACCGAGAACACAUGACUCAGGACACAGGGCAGCCAGUCUCUGUUUACUGUGUCAACGUCUUAUAAACAACUCAGCACUAAACAGGCGCAGUUGGCAAGAACACACAACUGAAUCAAAAAAACAAACAAACUUAUUUUAUACCACACGGUGACGUAUAAAUAACAAGGCUGUGUACAAUAAUGAUGUGUAUGAGUUCAACAUUUUAGUAUUUUGAUGCCUAUCGAUAUAAACAGCGAGUAUUGAUAAAACUUCAUCCCUCCGUGCUCUCUCUUCCUUUCUCUCUCUCUCCCACUGUACCGGCGUCGUCAUCACUCCUCUCUCUGCCUCUCUCUCUCUCCCUCUCUCCCUCUGGAGGUUUUUAGAGCGUAAAGGAACACUUGAGUGUGUGUGUGUAAGAGAGAGACAGUGGGAGAGAGAGAGAGAGAAAGAGAGAGAGUGCACACACUCUUUUAGCAGCGCCUACAGCGAUCCCUUUCGGCUUAUCUGAGACCUGAACUGGAAAGUCAAUCACAGAGUGAAAAACAACUCUAACAUGGGCCAUUUAAAACACACUGUAAAUACACUAAAUUGUUAAGGAGCCCGUUAAUGUUUCUUUAAGCCUGUUGUGUAUCCGCAAGCCGGAUACACAAGUAUUUACGAGAUUUAUAGCCUAUUUAUUCAUUCUAUAAUAAUAAUAAUUAUAAUUAGUAUUAUUAUUGAUUAUUAUUAUUAAUAUUAUUAUUUUUAUAUUACCGUAUUGUUAAUGCUCAUUAUUAUUUUGUUAUCAGAUGAAAAAAAUGAUUUUUUUUUAAAUAUCGUAUAACAAAGAAAUAAAUGAAACACAUUCAGAAUAUUCCAGCAAACAGACGUAUCUGCAGUCAUUAAAUGAGAUUACAUGCCCUGGUCCAAGCGGAUUUGGUGUUAGUUGGCUAAUCUGCGCUGGCUUGAGGGUUUAUGACUUUCUGACAGAAACUCUAAGAGCGCGUGUGUGCGUGUGUGUGUGUGUGUGUGUGUGUGUGACUGGUUUAUGAGCGGAUCUGUCACACAAAAAACCCAAAACUUUUUCAACCGUAGCAACACUAAAUCUUUCCAUUCUAGUGAAGUCAAUAACUCCCACCAACACACUCCAGUGUCCGUGAGGGAAAAGUUUGCUGACACGCAGUAACUACCCUGACACCAACUGUUCGGUCAGUACUAUUUGCGCCAUCGCAGCUUUUUACUUUUCCGCUGUCACAUUGCUAGCUCUCUCCGUCUCUCUCUCUCUCUCUCUCUUACCGAUGCCACAUUCUCCUGGCGUAAGAAAGUCGACGUGCACAAAAAUCCAUUACCAAACUCCCAGUGCGGAUUUUAACACCAGGCGCACGGAGAUCACGCAGGAGCAGUCUGAUGACUUACACACACGUUUAAAUCACGACUUUUACGCACAAAGAAGAAUAACAAAAAAGAAACACGCAGCGGUGGAGCGCCCUUUUAGUUCCAGCCCGUAUCUCGGAAGCCCGUAUCCUGGCACACAACCGAUGAUUUGUUAUUGAUCAAGUGUGAAAGUGACGGCUUCCUAUUGGGGGAGAGAGAGAGAAAAAAAGAAGAAAGUUGGAAGUUGACAGACUCGCAUGCUGUCGCCAUCCAAAGGGGGGCUGCCAGGCGCAUGAGACUUACUGCACCGAGGCUUGUUAAGGAGAAAAAACAGAGAAAUAGAGAAUGAGGAUUGUUAGUUAACGCGAGAGGAGGGAUGGAGAGAGAGAGAGAGGGAGAGAGAGAGAGAGAGAGAGAGAGCAGAGGGGAGAGAGAGGGGGCGAUGGGAGAGAGGGAGGGAGAGAAGGGAGAGAGAGCGAGAGAGAGAGAGAGCAUGAAUUUGGACAGGGCUGUGGUCGCCCAACAUAAGCUUUGCCUUUUCCUUCGGUGACUACACCACGGGAGGAGGAGCGUAGCGUGCAGCGUAGUAGGCGUCAGGAUCCUCAAUUUCCAACUUAGCAUCUUGGCAGGACAUUUUCCCAAGCAAAAGCCCCCGUCCGACGGGUAAAAAAAAACUUCUGCACGGGCAAUGAAAACGACGCUGCCACUCAGAUAAGGAAGCGCAAGAAAAACACAACCAGACUCCACAUCCGACGGGCACUGGCUGACUGGUUGACAGCGACCAAAAUAUUCCACCCCAAACCAAAGCCGAGUUUUAUUUGGUCACUCUUACUUUUUUUUUUCGCCGUCAUCAGUGUCAUUUAGAGGAGACAGAACCGACAGCGGCUCUGCACAGACUCAGCUCUAUGCGCUCCGACAGCAGCGCAUGAGAAAAUAAAGGGGGGAAAGUGCGCGAGUUAAGUGGCUUAUUCUCUGCGGGCUUCAGCAUGGCGUAUCCUCAGGGCUACUUGUACCAGCCGUCCGCUUCUCUAGCCCUGUAUUCGUGCCCUGCCUACAGCACCAGCGUUAUAUCUGGACCCAGGACCGAGGAACUUGGGAGAUCCUCCUCGGGAUCUGCUUUUGCGCCCUAUGCCGGAUCUACCGCGUUCACCAGCGCCUCUCCGGGCUACAACUCCCACUUGCCCUACAGUGCAGACGCGGCGGCAGCUGCCACAUUCACCUCGUACGUGAGCUCUCCCUAUGACCACACCACGGGCAUGGCCGGCUCUAUAGGAUACCACCCUUACGCAGCGCCAUUGGGCACCUACCCUUACGGUGACCCGGCGUACCGCAAAAACGCAACCCGGGACGCCACAGCCACCCUGAAGGCCUGGCUCAACGAACACCGCAAAAAUCCAUAUCCGACAAAGGGCGAGAAGAUCAUGCUGGCCAUCAUCACCAAAAUGACCCUCACCCAGGUCUCCACCUGGUUCGCCAACGCCAGGAGGAGGUUAAAGAAGGAGAACAAGAUGACCUGGACCCCCCGGAACCGCAGCGAGGACGAGGAGGAGGACGAGAAUAUUGACUUGGAGAAAAACGACGAUGACGAGCCGAACAAACCCAUAGACAAGGGGGAGUCCACAGACACAGAAGCAGAUCAUAAACUGGAACACCCAGGGGACAUAGGCUGUGACAGAUUUAAAGAGGAGGGCCAUGGCAAAGAUACGGAUCCCCUUCUGAGCGACUCGGAGUUAAAAGAGCAGGAGGAGAGGACUACAGACCUGCUGCCGGACUCGGCCAAACCCACCACGUCGUCUCCCUCCACGUUGCCUCGGGGGAACCCGGCCGUUGCGCAACAAGACAGGCCCACAGAUUUGAGCCACGCUCCGAGUUCGGUAACAAGCAACGUCACCUCUGUCAUCCACUCGCCCCCCUCGGCCCCUAAGCCCAAACUGUGGUCACUGGCGGAGAUCGCCACGUCCUCGGACAGGUGUAAAAGCAGCAGCAGCAGCAGCAGUAGCAGCGACGCGCCUCAGCCUUGUCCCGGUUUGGGUCAGAGCGCAGUCAUGGGCACCAACGCGUCUCCAUCACGGUCUUCCCCCCAGUGUCCGCUCCCCAACAGCACGGUUCUGUCCAGGCCUCUGUACUACACCUCCCCGUUCUACCCCGGCUACACGAACUAUGGGGGCAGCUUUGGACACCUUCACAGCAACCACGGCUCGGUAACCACGGGCUCCACGGCACAUUUCAAUGGAUUAAACCAGACUGUGUUAAAUAGAGCAGAGGCUUUGGUAAGAGAGAGCCAGAAAGUCAGAGGCCAAACGCAGGUAGAUCUUUGUAAAGACUCCCCUUAUGAACUAAAGAAAGGUAUGUCAAACAUUUAAUACCUGAUUAUUUUCCACUCACUCGGACUUUUUAUUUAUUUUCUGUGGCUACAUUUAAAACAGAGAGACAGACAGAAAAGAAUGACGACUCAAAAAUCUAAGAACAGUUAUUUUCUGAGUAAAUGCUUAUCCUGAAAAUUUUUAGUGUCUGAAUGGUUAAUCCACAAAUGUUACAAGAAUGGUCUUAACCGCUGCAGCCGCCUGAGUCUAUUUGUAUUAAAGACUAACAUGUAUAUUUAAUGUAGCAUUUUGUAUUUAAAAUGGACAACACACUAUCUUUGAAGUAAAUUAUGA